AAUAUUGUAAAAGCAGUUGAACUAAAACUUCGAAAAAACUAACACCCCUUACCAUAUACACUCCUGUUUCGCUCUACAAAAUAAUAAUGAAAAAAGUGAGUUAGUUGAAAGUUGAAACAUUAGUCCGAAGCCAUGAGCAGCAGCAGGGAAGAUUUCAGCUUCCCAACAGAAAACUUCCCAUCUUGUAUGGAUUCUCCACCUUUGUGGCAUUUAUCUCCCGCAACCUCCGCCACCCAAGAUGAUGAAGAUGAAGAAAUUAGUGCGAGUACUAGUGUUGCACCAGAAAAAUUAGCCAUACUUAAAAAUGUUCAUGAUGAAAAGGUAGUAAAAAGAGAUCAUGAGGAGCAAGACGAAGACGAAGACGAAGACGAAAGGAUGGACUUGUUGUGGGAAAACUUCAACGAAGAACUGUCGAGAAGUAGCUCAUCAAGAACGGUAGAUGCCGAGAAGAUCAAGGCCGUGGGCUGUGCUCAUCAGCCUUUGAAGGUGUCUAGAAGAUCAACCACAGAUAAUAAACCUCCAGUGGUUAUGGUUUUGAAGGUCUUGAAAAAGCUUUUCUUGCUUCAUCAUCCUCAUCCUCAUCCUCAUCCUCAUCCUCGUCAUCAUAAGCGUAGCCGAGCUUGGUGAAUUUUGUUUUACUGCCUACUGGUCUGAACUGGAUUAAUAAGUUUAGUAUUGUAAUUAUUUUCUGAUAUUAGUUUCAUAAAUAUGUCGUGUUUUGGAAAUUACAAAUCAGUAUUUUUUUUCCCUUCUGUUCUUGUGGGGGCAUGGUAUUAAAUGGAAACAAAUUAUGAAAUUAUAAAUUAACUGCCUUCAGUUUUAAGCUAUAUAGAAUGACAAUCAUAUUUGUUUUGAGUUAGUUACUGGUAUACAGAGUUGUUUUCUGUUAUAGAUUUUGUUGAGUCCGUUGGUUAUGUUUUGUAACAGACUUGUAUAUAUAAACCUUCUGUAUAUUCGUUCAGUGAAUGAGAAUCAGUAGCUAUUCGUUUCUUCUUC